AGAGACUCGACUCGUCAGUUUUUCCAUUUUGUUUGAGGUAUUCUGUUUGUUGGUAAAUGUUCCAUCUCGCACUCAGACUGUAGAUGUGGGACUGGUUCAGGACAAGAAGACGCUACAUUGCGUACCUCUGUCUGCUUUGCAAUGCUUACACUGAAAUGUGUGCCAGGUUUGGAGUAUCUAUCUCUAUGAUAGGGGGCAUGGUGAAGAAGGAUUGUGACGACCCUGAUGAUGUUGGCCAGUUCUGCUGGUCCCAAAGUACCCAGGCAAUGGUGAUAGGUGCAUAUUUCUAUGGUUACGUUGCACAGUGCUUCACUACAUUUGUUGCAAAAUAUUUCACUGGAUUCACAAGAACAUACAGAUUCUGGUUGAUAUUAUCUGGAGCUAUUCAGUUUUGCUACCCAACAUUUGCCGCUCUGUCUCCGACAAUUGUUAUUUUUACUCAGGCAAUAAGAGGUGUGGUGGCUGGUAUCAUGAUGUCCUUCAGUUUUCACUAUAUCUCUAAAUUUGGUAUAGGGAAAGAGAGUAAGAUUUUCAUCUCUCUAGUUGGGGCAACAAACUACAUUGGGAGUGGGACUGGUGGAGUGCUUGCUGGCUUUAUUACAGACAUCUUUGGGUGGCAGUACUAUUUUUAUUACAGUGGCAUUUGCUACGCUAUUGGUUUGGUUUUAACACUUCUAUUUGUUCAAGAAUCUCCCGAAAAAUGCUGGUUUAUGACACUAGAGGAAAAGGAUAUGAUCAUGAAAGAAAACAAACCCAGUUUAAAAUCAGAGAGCCAUGAACCUUCAAGUCCUACAAAUAAAUUGUCCUUUUGCCGAUUGUACUUGAUAGCAUUUUCCAUAUAUCUUCUUGCUUACAAUAUAGUUAUCUAUGGCAUUCUUAGUGUAAUGCCAUUCUAUCUUAAUGAAAUCACUGGAGCAGAUCCACAACUCAUAUCAUAUCUCAAUAUCAGCCUCACUUUGCUCAUAGCAUUAUGUACAAUAGCAUUCUCAUAUGUGGUUCAAAUACUGGACACUUUGUGCUCAUGGUUAGUGUGCAGAAUGAUGUGUACACUAAUUCCCAUGCUUUCAUACAUCAUUUUCUUUAUUGCUCUCUCAUACCACCUGUCAUUCAUAGGUGCGACCAUAAUUCUAAUUUCAACAUCAAUCAUGGCUUCAACACUAUUUGGUGGAUCUGUUUUCAUGAUCAACUACGAAAUGGACCCCAAAAAUUCGGCAGUAAGAAUGUCAAUUUUCAAUAGUGUUGGCCAGGCAGCAGGAUUUAUCUGCCCUCUACUGAUGGCAGCUAUUACAACCACUGAUAGGGACCAUCCAAACUAUGCCUCCGUUUACAGACAAAAAUGGUCAUAUUUCUUCUAUACUGUGGCAGGAUUUGCAGCAGCAGGAUGCUUAGUGAUAAUGCUGGCUUAUAUCCUUAGUCCUGAUGAAUGGGUGAACAAAGACAGGAAAAUAUGCAAAGAGACAGUGUGACAGUUAUUAGUGAAAUUGAAAGCAUAAAAUUAAAAUGUUUGCUCAACUUAAAUUUUGUGUUCAACUGUUUAAAACUGAGGGGCCAAUUAUCAUAUUAGGUUUUUUAUUAUGUUACUAAUAAUUCGAAAGUUCGUGCAAAGAUUUUGGAGCAACAUGUUGAUUGGCUAUGUUGUUAUUAUUACGUUGUAUUAAGUGUUUUGCAUUUAAAUUUU